AUGAAUGUUUGUGGUUGCAAGAUUGAUCCAUCUACUGUAGCUGUUUCUCCAAAUGUUGUCUGUCGCGUGGUUUCUGCCGUAAGUGAGACUCAAGUUGCUGAUGUGCAUCCAAAGGGUGGCAUGGCAUAUGCAGCCUACAGGCGCCACAUUUCUUCCCGAAAUUACAAUCAAUAUGCGGAUGACGUAACUGGGACGAGCAGUAAUCCUCACGGAAGUCAGGUGAUCGGUGGCUACAUGGACUACUUUAACCAGACACCCGAGGCGGUGCAGUCCGGCUUCGGCCCCUCCGCUACACUGGACGACGAAUUAAUUGCCGAUGGCCAGCAUCGAGUUGGUGACACAGAGUUGCUUACCUCUUAA